CUCUAAUAUAUAUUUCCUUGUAAUAUAUUAUAUAAAAGUAAUUCGAAAAUGAAAAGCUUUUUUUUUAAAAUGAUUAAUUCAUUCUCGUCAAACAAAUUUAAUGUCUAGUUACAUAAUCGGUAUAUUUAUUAGGAUGUUAACUUGCAUAACAACUUAGUACAAAGCCUACGCAUGAGAUAUGUCACUAUUACACGUACGUAAAUUAAAAGGUAUUAUGAAAAAGGAGAGAAGAUUAUAAAAGAAGUCGAUGACCGUGCAUUACGUGUAUAUUGAUAUUACGUUAUGUAGAAAGCACCUUUCCUCGAUAAGGAGAAUUAAAAAAAAAAAGAAUGGUUUCAUGAGCAACCGAAUUCCGAUUGGCCGGGAAUCAGCGUGGGAUCUCUUGAUCGCGCCCUUAUAGAUCGGUUCACUCGAUCUUCUUGGCAAUCGUAUCUGGACUGGUGAUGCUGAAUGAAAGGCAGCUUUCUCAGCACCUUUCCUUUUCGCUCGAUCAUGCGAAUUUACUUUCUGAUUGGUGUCAUUGCUCUCGCUACUGCAUUGGAGGAUGCUGUUUCACAACGCCAGAUUAAUGGAGAUCAUCUUGACCAGGAAGAAGGUGUAAUCGAUAAAAUAUUUAACAUUCCAAUUACGGCGGUUAAACAAACUGCAAUAGCGGCGCAAUCGUUCACACCGGAAAAUAAAGAAACGAUCGACAACAUUUUUCAGAUUCCAAUUUCAACGUUGGAGGCCGUUGGAAGACUCGUAAAAACAACUUCGUCACAAAGAUUAGAAAACGCUGAUGAAAUUCAAAAGAGACGUCAGGAGAGACGCGAUAGGAUACAGGCUCAACGAGAGGAACAAAGAUUAAGAAGAGAGCAAAUACAAAACGAACGAUUGCAAAAGAAAGCAUUGAGAUAUCCGAGACAUCAUCAAAAUGAUCCUUUUGGAUUAAAUUCAUUGACGAAGCUUUUUAUUGGCCAUCAUGGUGCCAUUUACAGACCUCAACAAAUACAUUCUUUUCUUGGAAAUUAUCAUUGUUGUCUGAGUGAUGGUCAUGGCGGUAAUCAUGGAAUUCAUGGAAGCCAUGGAGGUGUACAUGAAAUUCUUGGUGGUGGCGGACAUGGUUCUAACAUAUAUCAGGUACACGAAAAUAUCGACGAAGGUAAUGGAUCGGUUGGAACAUUUUUCGGGCAUUUUUCGUUGAAUCCAUCGAAAGAUAAAAUUCAGAAUAAGAUAGCACCGUCGAUCAAUGACGAACAAAAUGAUCCAAUAUUUGACAAUAUUUCGACAAGGAGAAAGGACAGAUCUAGAUAUCGAUACGACGAGCACCCACCAUUAGAGAAUAAAAUAGCUCCACGAAAUACCAAGAUUACGUUUGUUUGAACCUACUUUAAUUUAAUUUUUUCUAGAAUUUUGUUUACAAUUUUAUAUAUAUAUAUAUAUGUAUAUUUUUUUUUAUUAUUAAUAUUAACUUUUACAACGAACGAUUUUUAAGAUUAUAAAUUGCGUCAAACGUAAUUAGUCAUUUUAUAAAUUCUCAUUUUAUAGAUUAUUAAUCAAUCAUACAUAGUUUAUCGAAGUAUUUCGUUCUAUUGAAUUUCAUUAUCAUAGGAAGUACGUCACAAGAAUUAUCCAACCAAUGAAAACCGGUUAGAAUAUAAUGUGCAUAUAAAAAUAAUAAUAAAUUGCAUAUAAAAAUGCAUUUAUUCGUUUACGGUAAUGGACAAAUGUGAGAGUAAAUAAUUUGUUUUUUUAUUUCUCUUUUCUUUUUCUUUUUUUUUUUUUUUUUCUUCGUAUAAAUUUAAUGUCAAUGUAAAAUUAGUGCGAAUUACGAAUGAUUUUUAGCAAUGAGUUGAGCAUAAAUCAUCCUCGAGAUAAAAGCUCGAAUACCUUUGUGAAUAAUUAUAUUGAUUGAAUAAAAAAAAACAAUGACGCUGAUUC